GCAGGAAAUAGUUAUAAACAAAGCGGAAGUAAGGGGGGGAAAUUUCUCUGUCGAGGUUUCCAUCUGAGCAGAAGCAGUUAGAAGCGGUGUUUCUGUAUCAAUCGCGUACACUGUUGUCGAAACAUGGAUAGAUAGUGUUUGUUUAACUGGAUUUACAGACGUGGCCCCUGUGAAAAGAUAAUCCAUCACACCUGUGUCCUUCUUGGUCUCUCACCCCGCACACUGACAGAUACACCACAGACAGGACACAGUAAUUCUACCUUCUGUGAACCCUAGUCUCCCCGCCUUUCUUGUGGCCAUCAGGAUGGCUAACAGCACCGCACAAACUUUUAAGGUUUUGGGGGGCCCUGGCCCUGCUGGCAGAAGUAGUCCAGAAGGAUCUCAGGUGCUCAGCAAGAAGAAACUGCAGGACUUGGUGAGAGAGAUUGACCCAAAUGAGCAGCUGGAUGAGGAUGUCGAAGAGAUGCUGCUACAAAUUGCAGAUGACUUUAUAGAGAGUGUAGUGACAGCGGCCUGUCAGCUGGCACGCCAUCGCAAGUCCAACACCUUGGAGGUGAAGGAUGUUCAGUUACAUCUUGAGCGCCAGUGGAACAUGUGGAUUCCUGGUUAUGGCUCAGAUGAGAUCCGGCCAUUCAAGAAGGCCUGCACCACAGAGGCUCACAAACAGAGAAUGGCAUUGAUCCGCAAGACAACAAAAAAAUAACUAAUGUGUUGUACCCACUCUGUGUACUUCCUUGCUUUUCUUUUUGGUUUCAUUUUACUUUUCAUCUGGGAUUUUUUUUUUUCGGGGGUGCUUUGCCAGCAACAUCACACAGCAAAUUGUCUCUUAUUCUGUUUUGUUGCAUUUAAGCUUAACCUGGCAAAACUCUAUUCAUUGCAUUUCUGUCAAUAAACAUUGUGGAAUACAUCUUUUUGGAUUGUGACCACUGCUGUAUCCAGUAUGUGUUUUGAUAUUCUAGAACAUUUAGGAUGUGAGCAUUUUGUAAAUCUGUCUGGUUGAAAAUUCUAGUGUUAUCUUAACUGUCAUGUCUGUAAGAGAUUAUAGCUCCUGUUCAUGCACCCAACUUGUAUUUUUUAAAAGUAAAUAGAGGGUUUAUAACACU